AUGGUUCCUCGGAAAAUCUACCUGUCAUUCAAGAAUGCAGUCUUUGCCGUUGAAACAAAAGAGCUCUUGAUCGUUCGCGAGCUCGCGCAGGCAGCAAGAAAAGAAUGCCCGGAUGAUUUACGUGGUAUAAACAUCUCGCAGGUCACCCUGCAUACCAAUGAGGACGCUGAUGAGCUCACUUCACACUCACGCCUUGCAAAACACACUGCACAGCUCCUCCGUUGUUGCGUUCCAGAGACUCCUCUCAUAGUGAAAGUAAAACCAAAAGUGGCCUUAAAGACUCCUCUCAUAGUGAAAGAAGAACUGGACCUUGCACGUUUCUGGAAGGCUCUACCAGAUGCCAGGUUGGUUACUGAGAGUGAGAUGGAAUAUUUGCAGCUAAAAGAAUCCUAUGUUCUUGAAGACCGAGCCCUUGGCGACCGCUUCCUCGUGCGCCCGAUUUACAAAGAGAUCACCAAGCUUUUCGAGCAUCAGGGCUUUACCAAAUGGGUCGUCACCGGUACUCCUGGGAUUGGAAAAACCGUCUUUUCUGCUUACUACAUGUGGAUAGGGGAGUGA